UGAUAGUAAAUAUGGACUUGCCAGUAAGAAUUCUUGAAUUGAAAUGGUUUGGGGGUUUGCAAACCUAAAACUCAACUGACAAAAAUUAUAUACAAAACACAGUGACUUAGAAAAUGUCUACAAGUUUUUUAGCGAGUAUCAAUGAUUUUGCUUCUUGGUCUGUUGCCAAUUUAAAGUUAUAUUUAAAAGCCAGAGAGAUACAAGCAGCUGUAUCUAAAGAGGGUCUGGUGAAACUUUGUGUGGCGGCAAGCGCAUUACCUACGGAUCCGGACUGUGCUCAAUUUAGCAAUAAAGAGUACAUAACUAAGAAACGAUUGGAACUUGGAAUUCUCGAAGAUCCUUUAAAUUCUGAAAAAAUGAAGUUUUCAACUGAAAUUGAAUGUGUAGACUUUGGCCUAUAUGACAUUUUUAAUUAUCUACUAUUUGCAAGAUCGGACUAUGAUAGAAGAAAGCUGAAGGCAUACAAAAGUUUUAAUGAUUAUAGACUUUUUUAUGACGGCCAUGUCAGUUGUUUAUCCAGUUGUAUCGUGAAAGAUCUGGUUAUCAUACGAGCAAAUGUUAAACCUACUCAACGGAAUAUUACCUAUAUGCGUAGGGAGUAUUAUCAAUGUUGGUUCAUUAUCAACCAGGACUGUGAAAUAAAAUUGGCAUAUUGUGAAUGUCAAGGAGGUGCUGAUGGAUGUUGUCGACAUGUAAGUGCAGCCAUGUACUGUCUGGAGGCGCACCACUCUAAUCAACAAUCUGUUACAAGCGGACCAUCUCAAUGGGCAAAAAGGUCUCGCCCAUCGGAUGAACCAUGUGAAAGUGCCCAAUUAGAAUUACAAUCAUUAAAGUAUAGAAAAGAUCCAAGCACAGAAAAGAGGAAUGAUGAAAGCAGAUUAAAUUUUGAUUGCCGUCACACAGAAGAUGCUUGUCAAAAUGAGAGUGAACAACUGGCGUUUAUAAAAGAAUUACAAAAGAUUGACUCAACAAGCUCAUGUUUAGAACUGUUUUUGGAAGCAGAUGAAUCCGAUUGUUCUCUGGUUUUAAAUGAAACAAUUGCAGCAAUGGCACCACUAAAUCUUAUUAAAGAUGAAAUAAAAAGGGAUCCUGUCCCAUACACAUUUUGCCUUAAUGAAAAAUUUAACAAUGAGAUACUAGCAAACAUUGAGAUAGCCACAAGGGGACAAUGGAAAAAUCCUACUUGGUUUGAAAUGAGAAAGGGUAUGAUGACCGCGUCAUCAUUUCACCGAAUACAAUCUCGAGUAAAAACUCUGAAAAAAAAACCAAUGGCAUCAACAACUGCUUUGCUGAGGCAUAUUAUGAAAGAAGAAAAAGAACAAUCUUUUCAAGUGCCAUCAUUGGAAUGGGGUAGAAGUAAAGAAAAAUCAGCUCUUUGUGCAUACAAAAACUUACUAAAGCAUUAUCAUCACAACCUCAAAGUGGUGGACACUGGCCUUUACAUUUACCAAAAAAAUGUGUUUUUAGGCUGUUCACCUGAUGGUGUUGUUGAGUGCAGUUGCAAUGCAGAAUUACACCGUAAAAAGUGGCUGAUUGAAAUAAAAUGCCCUUUUACUUAUAAAUACAAACCAUCAAAACUUGCAGCAAGGUACAUUGGAUGUAUUUAUGAGGAUGGUCAAUGGAUGUUGCAUUCAUCCAGUAAAUAUUACCCUCAAAUACAAGGACAAAUGGGUAUUACAGGGAUAUUGCACUGUUCAUUAGUGAUAUUUACAACCAAAGGAAUCACAGUGGUUGAAGUACCAUUUGAUAAAAACUUUUUUGAUUCAAUGAUUGAGAAUUUGGUGAAUUUUCAAACCCUAUAUUUAUUUCCGUAUUUCACGUCAUGCUUCAAAAUUCAAUAGAAUGUUCAAAUAAAUGACAAUUUAUAUUAAUGUAUGUUUAAU